AUGGUUCAUAAACGAAAAUUUAGUUUAAAUCUCGACCAUGUACAACAACAAGAAGGUUCAGAAAAUCCAUCAACACCAUCAAUAUUAACUCCAUCAAAAGCAAAACAUUUUCGUCGACAAUUCAGUGAACAAAAUUUUGACGAAGAUGUCCUAAUCAAUCGUGUUGAUGAUGAAGAAAAAUACCAACAAAAACCCUUGUUAUUUAUUAAUAAUGUUGAAAAGUUACCGUAUAAAAUAGCUGAUAUCAAUCUAGUAGAAUCGGGUCGAAAAACAUUGUCAAUGGCUGAAGCUGAAAUGCCAGGAGUCAUGCGAUUAAGAAAAAUCUAUGCUUCCAAAAAACCAUUGCAAGGUGUUCGUCUUGCCGGAUGUUUACAUUUAACAGCACAAACUGGCGUGAUGAUCGAAACGUUUCGUGCAUUAGGUGCAGAAGUUCAAUGGAGUUCUUGUAAUCCAUUGUCAACACAAGAUGAUGUUGCAGCUGCACUUGUUAAAGCUGGUAUACCAAUUUAUGCAUGGAAAGGUGAAACCGAAGAAGAAAAAUUAUGGUGUAUAGAUAUGACAGUCUAUUUUGCUGAUGGUCAACCAUUGAAUGCCAUUUUGGAUGAUGGUUUUAAUUUAGCUCGAAUUAUACAUGAAAAAUAUCCACAUUUGACAAGUGUUAUACAUGGUUCUAGUGAAGAAACAACAGCUGGUAUAACAAAAUUACGUAAAUUUUUCAAAGCAAAUAAAUUAAAAAUUCCAGUAAUUAAUGUCAAUGAAAGUGUAACAAAAUCAAAAUUUGAUAAUAAUUAUGGAUGUGGUGAAAGUUUGAUUGAUGGAAUUAAACGAGCAACAGAUGUAAUGAUUGGAGGAAAAGUAGCCGUAAUUGUUGGAUAUGGUCAUGUUGGCAAAGGAUGUGCUAAAGCAUUGAGUGGGUUUGGUGCUCGAAUUAUUAUAACUGAGAUUGAUCCAAUUUGUGCUUUACAAGCAGCAAUGGAUGGUUAUCAAGUAAUGACAAUGACUGAAGCAUGUAAAAUAGGGCAAAUAUUUGUAUCAGCAACUGGUUCAACAGGCUUAAUUCGUGGUGAACAUAUGAUGGAAAUGCGUGAUAUGGCUAUUUUAUGUAAUAUUGGUUCAGGUCAGACAGAAAUUGAUGUUGUUUGGUUAAAAGCAAAUGCAAUAAAAAUUGAAAAUGUCAAACCACAUGUUGAUAUUUAUCAUUUACCAAGUGGACGAGCUGUUAUUCUACCAGCUGAUGGUCGUGUUGUUAAUCUUUCUUGUGCACACGGAAAUCCAAGUUUUGUAAUGAGUAACUCAUUUUCAAAUCAAAUCUUAGCACAAAUUGAAUUGUUUACAAAGAAAGGUCAAUAUUCGAUUGGAAUUCAUACACUUCCAAAAGUUUUGGAUGAAGAAGUGGCCAUGGCACAUUUGGAUUAUUUGGAUGUCAAAUUAGAUAAACUGACGCCAACACAAUCCACAUAUGUCGAUUUACAACCAUGUGGUCCAUUUAAACCUGAUUAUUAUCGUUAUUGA